AUGGAAUCCAUUCAAACAAUCAUCAAGACCCUUCUGAGAAAUCCGACUCUAAUCAAAUCCAAAUCUGAAGCCAAACAAAUCCAUGCUCAAAUCGUCAAGAGCUUCCCCAUACACACAUCCAGUCUCCUCUUCAUUUAUUCUAAACUCAACCUCUUACCCGAAUCCCUCCUUCUCUUCAACACACUCCCCACUCCGCCCGUUCUUGCUUGGAAGUCUAUCAUAAAAUGCUAUUCUUCCAACGGCUAUUUCUUAGAGUCUUUGAAUUGUUUCGUCAAAAUGCGAGGUCUGGGAAUCAACCAUGAUCACAAUGUGUUCCCUUCCGUCUUAAAAUCUUGCACCCAUUUGAUGUAUUUCAAGUUUGGGAAGUCUGUUCAUGCUUGUGUUAUUAGGGUUGGACUCGAAUUCGAUAUUUUUAUAGGAAAUGCGUUGUUGAGUAUGUACUCUAAGGUGCAGAGGUUUAGUGCUCUAGAGGUGUUUGAUGAAAGUCCUGGGAGAAUGACAGCUGAUCAAAAUGAGAGUAUAUUUGUUAGCGAUCACAAUAAUAAUAAUUUUUACCACAAAGUUAGUGAAUUCGAUAAAAAUCUGGGUAUUUUGAAUCAAAUUAGUGAUCAAGAGGAGACAGUUGAUGAAAUAAUGCGUUGGAAAAACAAAGAAGGGGAUGUGCGAAUGCGAAGUGUGAGAAAAGUUUUUGAAACUAUGCCGGAGCGAGAUAUUGUUUCAUAUAACACCGUCAUUUUGGGAUAUGCCCAAAGCAACAUGUACAAUGAAGCUUUGAUGAUGAUUAAGGAGAUGGGUAGAGCUAACUUGAAGCCGGAUGCAUUUACUUUAUCAAAUGUUCUUCCGAUUGUUGCAGAAUAUAUGGAUAUCUGGAAGGGAAAGGAGAUCCAUGGGUAUGGAGUUAGGCAUGGUUUUCAUAGAAAUGAGUUCAUUGUAAGUGGAUUGACUGAUGUUUAUGCGAACUGUAACAUGGUGGAAGAUUCAUAUCGGCUAUUUUCUUCGCUGUCUAAAAAAGACUCGGUUUCAUGGUGCUCUAUUAUUGCAGCAUGUGUACAAAAUGGUCUAUUUGAUGAGGGAUUAAGAUUGUUUAGGCAAAUGUUAAGUGUUAAUAUUAAGCCUGUCCCAAUUUCAUUUUCCAGCAUUAUUCCUGCUUGUGCACACUUAACCGCACUUCCUUUAGGACAGCAACUCCAUGGAUACAUAAUAAGGGGUUACUUUGAAGAUAAUAUGUAUAUAGCUAGCUCACUUGUUCACAUGUAUGCUAGAUGUGGGAACAUUAAACUUGCUAUGAGGAUUUUUGAUAACAUGAAGCAACAUGAUUUGGUGUCAUGGACUGCUAUGAUGAUGGAAUUUGCGUUGCAUGGCCAUGCAUAUGAUGCCAUAUCCUUAUUUGAGCAGAUGGAGAAGGAAGGAUUUAGACCCAAUUCUGUGGCUUUUGUGGCUGUUUUGACUGCUUGUAGUCAUGCAGGAAUGGUGAAUGAAGGUUUGAAGUUUUUUAACAAAAUGGUAAAACAGUAUAAGAUAACUCCUGAUUUUGAGCACUAUGCUUGUAUGGCAGAUCUUUUGGGUAGGGCUGGAAAAUUGGAGGAAGCUUUUGGGUUCAUUUGCAGCAUGCCAGAAAAUAAAACAGCCAGCAUGUGGUUACCUUUGUUAGCCGCCUGUAGGGUCCACAAGAAUGUCGAAUUGGCUGAAAAGGUUUCCAUGCAAAUAUGUGAAUUUGAUACUGAGAACGCUGGUGCCGAUCUUCUGUUAUCAGAUACAUAUUCUUCCGUUGGAAGAUAUAAAGAUGCAGCGAAUGUGAGAAGAAUGUUGAGUAAGGUAGCUACUAGAAAGAAACCAGCUUGUAGCUGGAUAAGAAUUGGGAACAAAGUACAUGCUUUCAUUGCUGGGGAUGAAUCUCACCCUUAUAAUGAUGGAAUAAUAAAUGCAUUGGAAAUUCUUUCAGGACAGACAGAAAAGGAAGGAUAUGUUGCAAAUUGA